AUGAUGUUUGAUCAGUUGUGGAACCUUUUUUCGGGCGAGCCGAGCGCGCUGGCCCAGCAGCUGAACGAGCGCAUUGGCGCGCACGCGCUGAGCGUCAGCCAGCUCCACACUGCUGCACAGAGCACGUUGUUCUCCUGGCUGCAGGAGGCGUUCCCGUCCCUCUUCGGCGCGGCGGACAAGGCCUCCAGGGCCGCCGAACUCGCGUCCUGGGCGCUAAGUGAUCAGGCCUCCAUCGCUGAGAAGGAGGAGGUCCUUGCGCAGCUGCAGGAGACUGCCGCCUCUCUGGAAAGCCAGUUGGGGUUCGAGAGAGUUCUCCUGAUGGUCGCAGGUCUGCCCGUGCUGCUGUGCGUCGUCUGGCGCAUGUGCAGAGCAUUCCGAAGACGUGCGGCGCCCACGGGCCAGGCCCCGAGGAAUAGCUCUCUGCCCGAGGCAUCCGAAGGGGCUCACUGCCUCUCGGCUCCGACGGCGGAGGACACCACGCAGCCCGAGGGGACCGUCCAGCCGACGGCGGAGGACACCGCCCAGCCCGAGGAGGUCGUCCUGCCCGAGUCAGCGGAGGGUCACCCAGAGGAGUCGCGUGAGACCGAAGCCGAGGUCAAGACCGAAGCCGAGACCGAAGCCGAAGUCAAGACCGAAGCCGAGACCAAGGCCGAGGUCAAGACCGAAGCCGAGACCGAAGCCGAGGCCAAGACCGAAGCCGAGACCGAAGCCGAGGCCAAGACCGAAGCCGAGACCGAAGCCGAGGCCGAGACCGAAGCCGAGGCCAAGACCGAAGCUGAGACCGGAGUCGAGACCGAAGCCGAGGCCAAGGCUGAAGCCGAGACCGAAGCCGAGGCCAAGACCGAAGCCGAGGCCGAAGCCGAGACCAAGGCUGAAGCCGAGACCGAAGCCGAGGCCAAGACCGAAGUCGAGGCCGAAGCCGAGGCCGAAACCAGCCCCGCCAAGCUGCUCCCGAAAGCCGAGCCCCUCAGGGUCUCCGUCAGCAUCCCCAGCCUGUUCCAGAAGUUCCUGUUCGAGUGCACGGAUCUGUCGCAUGUCUUCAGCGACGAUGUGCAGCUCAAGUUCCCCAAGGACUCUGAGGACAAGGAAACUUUCUUCAUCGAAAGCUUCAAUAAAGACCGCCUCAGUUAUCUGGUGUCCGCCCACGUGGCCGUGGCGCCCGAGGAACAGGCUUAUGUGGCCGACUUGGCGCGCGAGGGAGGCCCCAUCGCCGCUCUGGAGGAGGAGCACGGCGUCCGCGUUACCCUGCCCGCGGACUUGUCCUCGGAGCCGGUCGUGAUCGUCGGCUUGCACUGCGUGGAGGAGGCAGUGCAGUCCUUCCAGCAGGCACUGAAGGAGCAGUCCUACAGGCACGCGACGGUCACGGUGAACAUCCUUCCGAAGGACCUGGACCUCAUCCUGGGCGCAGACAGAGCCCACACCACCCACAUCGAGGAGUUCUUCGGCUUGAAGGUGAGCGCUUCUUCGCCCCAGAACGGGAAGGCCCAGCUCAAGGUCGAGGGGCCCCACUGCAAGCUGGAGAAGGUGGCGCUGUACUUCGAGGCGCGCGUCCGCGAGCUGCGCUCUCGCUCGGAGGCGGAGCACACGGUCCCAGUCGCCUGCGCUCCUGGGGUUUACAACAGCCCCGCCUUCAUGGCCGCCCUUAAGUCCGUCAUUUAUAAGUACGGCAUCCAGGUGGCCCUCCCCGACACCGCAGCUGGCCGCACUCAGGUCCUCAUCACCGGCUUCGAGGACUAUGCCACGGCCGCCGCCGCCGAGCUCGAGCAGGCUCUCAUGCCACACAAGGAGAAGCAGCUCCAGCUGGAGGGGGCACCGCAGGCCGCCAAGAUGAAGGCUAUUGCCUUCCAACCCGAGGAAGUCUACAUCGCAUUGGGGCCGGCCAAGUGCCACGUGCCACUGCUCGAGGAACAGUUCGGCGUCAGGAUCCUUCCCUGGUACGAGGGCCAGCCGCUCCUGCUCCGCGGGGAAAAGGAAGGCACGGAGAAGGCUGCAGCCUUCCUCCGAAGGUUCGUGGCGGAGAAGCUCGCUGAAGCCCAGUCUCACGCUGAACCGCGGCCGCCGUCCCGACGCUCCCAGAGAGAUUCUCCCAAACCUCCUGGGAUUGCCUGGGCACGGGCACUGCAGAAGGCACAGGGUGUCCUAACCACCUGUUGGCCGAGAGUGCCCCUUGCGCAGGCGGUGCUGCAGAAGGCGCUGCCGACGCAGCCUCGAUUAGCCUGCGGAAACUUUGCUUCUUGCAAGGAUGAAACAAAUAAAUAG